AAUAAUUCGCGCCUUUUUACAUGUGAGAAGCACAAAAUAGAAAACAAAGAGUGUUGUGAUUUUUAUAUAUAAUUAAUUAAAAAUCUCAUUAUUUUUAUUGUAUAGGACUGUUAUUUAGUUAAAUUUAAGUAUUUUCCCAGUAUUACGAAAUGGCUGUUCAAGCAAAUCAACAAAUUACAAUUGAUCCAUCAACUCAACAAGGCUUUGUUCGAUUUUUCAAGAAUCUCCCACCUAAAUCCAGUAGCACCAUAAGAUUUUUUAAUAGAACUGACUAUUACACUCUUCAUGGAAGCGAUGCUCUUUUUGCAGCUCAAGAAGUUUUUGCAACUACCUCUGUGUGCAAAAUGAUUGGAGCUGAGCCGAAUAAAAUAGAAGGUGUUGUUUUAAAUAAAAAUCAUUUUGAAUCGUUUAUUCGAGAACUUUUGCUCGUGAAACAAUAUCGAGUAGAAGUCUAUGUUAAUCAAGGCUCUGCGAAAAAUCAAGAUUGGAUAAUUGAAUAUAAAGGAUCACCAGGAAAUUUAAUACAAUUUGAAGAAAUUCUUUUUGGAAAUAAUGAUAUAGUCGCUAAUUCUUCUGUUAUUGCUAUAAAAAUGACUACAGAAGGAAGAUCAAAAGUUUUAGGUCUUAGUUGCGUCGAUACUGUGUCAACUUUGAUUUCUGUUUGUGAAUUUAAAGAUGAUGAUUCUUUUACAAAUUUGGAAGCUCUUCUUGUUACACUUGCACCAAAAGAAUGUUUGCUUGUUCAAGGAGAUGCAAGUCAAGAAUUCAAUACUUUAAAACAGGUGAUAGAAAGAGGCAAUGUUAUGGUGACAUUAAGAAAGAAGAAUGAAUUUUCAAGUGAAUCUAUCAUACAGGAUUUAAAUAAUCUUUUAAGAUUUAAAAAAGGCCAGCAAAGAAAUGUUCAGAGUCUUCCUGAAUAUAAUUUAAAUUUAGCGAUGUCAGCAACGGCCGCUAUUAUAAAAUACUUAGAUUUAACAUCUGAUGAAGGAAAUGUUAAUCAUUUUUCAAUUAAAGAAGUUGAACAAUUUCGUUAUAUUAGAUUGGACAGUGCUGCUAUUCGGGCAUUAAAUAUUGAACCAAAAACAGAUUCGCAGAAUCCUAAUGCUUCGGCGAGUAUUUUAACUUUAUUAGACAAAUGUAGAACACCUCAGGGUCACAGGCUUCUUGCUCAGUGGGUCAGACAACCACUUCGAGAUUUAUCACUCAUUAAAGAGAGACACGAUAUUGUUGAUGUUUUAUUCAAUGACAAUGAUUUAAGAUCAAUGCUGAGCGAUGAUUAUUUACGACGUGUUCCUGAUUUACAAUCGUUGGCUAAAAAAUUAGCAAGAAAGAAGGCUAAUCUUCAGGAUUGUUACAAAAUUUAUGUAUGUGGCAAUCACAUUCCAAAAAUAAUUGAAAAAUUAUCAGAGGCUACAAAGAUUGCAGCUUUGGAUGCUUUAAUUAUAGAUCCAUUGAAAGAACUUCUUGAAGAUCUAGACAAAUUUCAACAAAUGGUGGAGCAAACGAUUGAUUUAGAUGCAGCGGAUAAAGGAGAUUUCAUGGUGAAAGCUGAUUUUGAUGAUGAUUUAAAAGAACAUAAAUCCAAUAUGGAGGAAAUAGAGGAAAAAUUGAAUCGUCAACUGCAUAAAGCAGCUAGUGAUCUAUCAUUGGAUGCUGGUAAAUCUGUUAAAUUGGAAUCUAAUCAAGAGAAUGGGUACUACUUUCGAAUAACAUUGAAGGAAGAAAAAAUUCUUAGAAACAACAAAAAUUACAUGAUUAUUGACUCAAAUAAAGGAGGCGUUAAAUUUAGAAACACUAAAUUAAAUGAUUUAAACGAUGAUUAUUUGAGUCUUCGGGUUAAAUAUGAAACAGCGCAAAAAAGUGUUGUUACUGAAAUUAUUGGAAUAGCAGCGGGUUACAGUGAAACUGUUAAAUCUAUUGGCAAUCUAAUUGCUUCCCUUGAUGUUUUCACAUCAUUCGCGACAGUUGCUUAUCAUUCGAAAGGUUUUGUUCGACCUGAAAUGCUUCCAAGUGAUGCUGGAACAUUGGAUUUGGUACAAGUCAGACAUCCACUAUUAGAGAUUCAAGAAGGAGUCGAUUAUGUUGCCAACGACGUUUGUUUAAAAAGAGAUGAAAGUCAUUUCUACAUUAUAACUGGUCCAAAUAUGGGUGGAAAAAGUACUUAUAUUCGAUCUGUGGGUGUUGCUGCAUUAAUGGCUCAUAUUGGUAGUUUUGUUCCUUGUGAUAAGGCUAAAAUUUCCUUAUUGGAUUGUAUUUUGGCACGAAUUGGAGCUGAUGACUCACAAAUUAAAGGGCUUUCUACAUUUAUGGCUGAAAUGGUAGAAACAGCAGCAAUUCUUAGAACUGCAACUUGUAAUUCGUUAGUAAUUAUCGAUGAACUCGGAAGAGGAACGUCCACCUACGAAGGUUGUGGAAUCGCGUGGGCGAUUGCGGAUCAUUUGGCGAAAGAAGUGAAAAGUUACACUUUAUUUGCAACACAUUUUCAUGAAAUAACUCGAUUGGCAGAGGAAGUACCAGCUGUACAAAAUAAACACGUUACAGCUCUUGUUGGUGAUGAUAAACUUACUUUAUUGUAUCAAGUUAAACCUGGAAUUUGUGAUCAAAGUUUUGGAAUUCACGUUGCAAAGAUGGCCAAUUUUCCUGCUGAUGUAGUUGAGUUUGCCAAACAAAAACAAGCGGAAUUGGAAGACGUUCAAGGUAAAGUUUUCGAAGGAUCUGACGAUCCUGUGAAACGAAGAAAAAUUACAAAGGAAGGUCAAGAAUUAAUUGUCGAUUUUACUAAUAAAUGUAAAGCUCUGGAUAAUUCGCUUUCUUAUGAUGAAUUGACAUCUAAAAUCUCAAGUUUCAAAGAAGAAAUUAUUGCUAAAAACAAUCCCUACGUCAACGCUUUGAUGUCUACUUAAGUAUUUUGUAAGUUAAGAAUUUGUUUUUUUAUUGCCUGCAUCAGAAAGUACAAAGAUAAACUUUUUUAUUUUUUCACGAAAACAA